AUGCAGGCUAAUUAUCCGAAUAAAUUACAAACGAUUCAUUGGGACACACUUAACACCGAUUAUCCUGUAAGAAAAUUUCCAAAAACGGGAAUCUCAAGUGAAAAAAUCGCCCGCGAAAUACGGAAUGUUCCAGAGAUUCUACAUCCGUUGAAAGCCACUCUACCAGAAGAAAUCGAGUUUAGUCAUAAUUACAACGUAACGAACGAUUUGAGAAAAUCUCAAACAACGAUCGACUACGGUCCAAAGCAAGCAGACCGAAAAAGAUUGAACAAGCACACUUCCUUUGAAGAAAAUUUAUACAUAUACCCGCCAAAUAGAAAGCUGUCUCAGCAUCCACCGAGCUCUUUCACACACGAAGUGUCUGAAACCCGUAAUAUCUUCGCAGAACCAUCUUUGCCAAGUAGGUUAAUCACGAACAAGGAACAAUAUUUACAUCCUGCGUCGUUACCUGUUGACCCGCCUCCUAUUGAACCCUUUCAUAAAGCAAUUGAGCCUUUGGAUACGACACACGACGGCUUCGAAAAGUAUCUGGAUCCAUAUUUGACAACCAACAGACUUCAUCAUCGUCCGUUCACCGCAGAUCAGCUGUCCAGGGUUUCAAAUACAAAAGAUGUCAUGACGUUUUAUACAUAUUCCAGUAUUCCUUGGGUUAGGUCACCGAAACCUAGUAUAGAAAAAUGGCGUCUACCUCUAAGGCGACCAACUUCAAUGUACGAUAGAGAAAAGUUUAAAAAAGAUUUCAGAGAGAUAAUAACACAUAACAAAUUACUUUGGACUCCAGGAUCAUUUCGUACAGAAACGAGAGACAAUUAUAAGCCGUCCCUUACGUGGCCAGAAUCAAACAUUCACAACUACGAACACGACGUCCAGGGCUACUACCAACGAGCUAUGGCGAAUUUACAAACCAACAUACAACAGGAACACCUAUCUGCUAAAAAAAAUAUCACGGAAAAUUCUUUAGUUGUAAGCGCCUCGACUCAUGCAGUGCCUAAAAAGUUGCUCCUAACAGUAUACUAUGAAAGCCAGUGCCCAGACAGCGAAGACUUUAUUCUCAACCAACUUCGGCCAGCUGUACAACAGCUACACAAUUAUGUCAAGUUGCAGUUUGUUCCCUUCGGAAAGGCGAGAAGCUUAAACUACGGAAACGAUGGCUUCGAAUGUCAGCACGGAUCGUCGGAGUGUCUUGGCAACAUGGUGCAGGACUGCGCCCUCAGCCGGAUGAAGCAGUACAGCGAUGUUAUGAGGGUCGCGUACGUCGCUUGUGAAAUGCAGACGAGGUCCGGGGCAACGGGAGAACUUCAGUGUGUCGAAAAAGCUAAACUACCCGUGAAAGACGUUGAGGACUGCGUGCUACUGGGAGAGGGAACCACGUUGCAACUUGAGAGCGAAUAUUACACGAAGCAAGUGGCUCCAAGUUUCAUACCGACUGUGACUAUCAAUGGGCAAUUCGACCAGCAGAUCCAGGAUAACGCGCAGGUUGAUCUUCUAGGUACACUUUGCUCCAUACUAAAUGAGGUUCCACCGUGCGCCAAACGGUACAACAACAUGGCACUCAAUUACGUCCUUAUCAAUCAACGAUGA